ACAACAAUAACAUUAUCCAUAAAAAACCAAAAAAAGAAAGAUACCAAACACAUUGUAAAAUUGUUUUCUAUUUUUUUGAGACGGUGUUUUCUCUUCGACAAAAAAAGUACUCAAGUUUUGGGUUAUCCAAAACAGAAAAAAAUUAUCACUAACAAAAACCAUUCAUCAUCAUUGUUCAAUCAAAUUCUUUGAAUUGAUUCAAGAAUAAACGACAAUCAUCAAUGAAUAAAUUAUAAUUUUUUCAUAUUCAACAAAUUAUAUCAACCAAAGAAUUCUGAUAUCUGUUUUUGAGAAAUUCGUUCAUUCAAUUAUCGGAUUUGGGUGAUCGAUUAAUUCAUUAAUUAUUGAAUAUCAAACAUCUGUGAAAUCAAAUCAUCAUUAUCGAUUGUGUGGCCUUAAUUAAUCAAUUUUUUUUCUCUCUUGUCUCGCUGUUUGUUAUUAUAUCAAAAAACAUCAUCAUCAUCAUUAUCAGUAAUAUCAUCAAAUUUAAUACGAUAUUGAAAAUCCCAUAAGAUUUAUCAUCAUAAUUGAGGUUACAAAAUUUUAGAAUUUGAAUCACAAGUAUAAAUACGAAGAAAAGUUCGUUGUUGCUGUGUUUGUUUGGCUAAUGUGAAUUCUCAAAUUUCUCUGCAUUGAUUCGUAACAUUUUUUUUUCUUGGACAAAUAAAUAAAUAAAUAAACAAGUUCAACAUGGGAGCCAUAUUGGAUACACCACAUACGGAAAAAACUACCGAUACAGGUACCGGUAAUGAUUUACGUUAUGGUGUUUGUUCGAUGCAAGGGUGGCGAGUUGAAAUGGAAGAUGCACAUUGUGCUAAAGUUGGCCUACCAGGAUUGCCUGAAUGGAGUUUUUUUGCGGUAUUUGAUGGUCACGCUGGUGCCUAUGUAUCGGCACAUUGUGCUGAAAAUUUAUUAUCAACCAUAUUACAAACGGAUAGUUUUCUUGAUUAUGCUGCUGCUGCAACAUCUAAAUUACAAGCAUUGAAAACAAAUGAUAACAACAAUACCAAUAAUACUACUAAUAAUGGUGAUGUUCAACAAACCACAACAACUGCAACAUCGCCAACAACAUCAUCCACAACAAGAUCAUCUGAUGUUGGUGAUGAUGAUAAUAUUGAGAAUAGUAAUAACAACAAUAAACAAGAAUGUGAUGAAUCUGUAACAAUGAAUUCACAAGCAACAACAACAACAACCAAUAAUAAUGAUAAUAAUGAUGGUAGUAGUAGUAAUAGUAAUCAGAAUUUAGAACGUAUCAAAUCGAAUAUUCGUGAAGCAUUUUUGAAAUUGGAUGAAAAAAUGAAAUCAUUACCUGAAGUAGAAUCGGGUGAAGAUAUAUCAGGAUCGACAGCCGUAGCCUGUUUAAUAUCACCAACACAUUUAUUUUUUGCUAAUUGUGGUGAUUCACGCGCCGUAUUAUCACGUAAUGGUCAGGCUAUAUUUUCUACACAGGAUCAUAAACCAGUAAAUCCACAGGAAAAAGAAAGAAUUCAAGCUGCCGGAGGUAGUGUUAUGAUUCAACGUGUUAAUGGUUCAUUAGCUGUGUCCAGAGCACUUGGUGAUUAUCAAUACAAAAAGGUUGUUGGUCGCGGACCAUGUGAACAAUUAGUAUCACCUGAACCCGAAAUAACUAUUGUUGAACGUGAUCCAAGUGCCGACGAAUUUUUAAUUUUAGCAUGCGAUGGUAUUUGGGAUGUUAUGAACAAUAAUGAUCUUUGUGAUUUUGUUCGCCAUCAAUUACGCAUACAUUCAAAUGUUGAAGAAGUUUGUUCCACAAUUGUUGAUACAUGUCUUCAUAAGGGAAGUACGGAUAAUAUGAGUGUUGUUUUGGUCACAUUUCCCGGAGCACCAACAAUAUGCGAAGAAACUAAACGUAAAGAUGAAGAAUUGAAUGAAAAAAUCAAAAAUGAAGUAGUUUGUCAAUUGUAUCGUAAUAUGGAAUUGUAUAAUUCAAUAUAUCUUUUAAUGCAAUCGCUUAAAAAUAUUAAAUUUGAUAAUCUACCUCCUGGCGGUGGGUUAGAUUCAAAACGGACAUUAAUCGAAGAAAUACAACGACGACAAGUUGAAAAACGUAAUAACAGAGUAAAUAAUGGCCAAUGACGUAAUUGAUCCGGGGUUUUUUCUUCUUCAUUUCGCCACAUCCAUCUCUCUCUUUU